AAACGUCUCUCUCUCUCUCUCUCUCUCUCUCUCUCGCAACAGCCCCUCAAGUAUUAUUUCCUCACAUUUACUUCACAUAAAAGAAACAACCAUUUCACUUCAUACAUUGUCAUGUCUUCUCUCUCUCUCUCUCUCUCUCCCCCUCUCUGAUCAAUCUCAAGUCUCUGCAACUACUCUCCUCUAUUGUUCAUCAAAGCCCAUCUGAGAAGAACCCAGAUCAUCACAAGACUCCAGCCUGCAGCAAGCCCCUUUGAUCCUUGAUAAAUCCACCCUCACUAGUUGAUCAUAUAUAUCGUUCUUCAAUUGCCACUCCUUCAAGACCCUACCUGCUAGUAGAAUAUAUAUUAUCUAUAGCAAUAAAAGAAACGAGGAGGAGGAGGAGGAGGAGAAGAAGAAGAAGAAGUUUUAGAGGGGUCGUUUGGUUUGGAGAAGAUGGAGCUGUUUCCAGCACAACCAGACCUCUCUCUCCAAAUCAGCCCUCCAAACAGCAAACCCCCAUCAAGUUGGGGCAGCACUACUAGAGAAGAAGAGAAGGAUUUGGGUUUCUGGAAGAGAGCUUUCGACUCUAGAACCUGGUUCUCUUCAAUGGCGCAAAAACCCGACACGGGUUUCGACCUCUCGCUUUCCGAUCGGAGGGCAUCGGAAGCCAGCUCCGGCCAUUUCCAAUACCAGCUCCGCCACCAGCCACCGCAGCACCGCCUGUUACAGCCGCAGGGGCUGAGCCCGGAGCUCGGCUUAUUGAGACCCAUAAGAGGAAUUCCAGUGUACCAAGCUCAAAACCCUCCCCCUUUUCCCUUUGCUCAACAGUCUCUGGAUAAUUCUAUAUCCUCCUGUACACUCGCUCUCAUAGGUACGUGCAACAGCUCACAAACGCAAGCACAGUCUCAAGGGACGGCGAGAUCGAGGUUCUUGUCAAGGUUUCCAGCCAAGCGCAGCAUGAGAGCACCCCGGAUGCGGUGGACUACCACUCUCCAUGCCCGGUUUGUUCACGCUGUUGAGCUCCUGGGCGGCCAUGAAAGAGCUACGCCUAAAUUAGUCCUCGAGCUCAUGGAUGUUAAAGAUCUCACCUUGGCGCAUGUCAAAUCUCAUUUACAGAUGUAUCGCACAGUGAAGACAACCGAUAGAGCAGCAUUUUCUUCAGGACAAUCAGAAGUAUAUGAAAAUGGUUCUUCUGGAGAUACUUCUGACGAUGUAGUGUUCGACACUCAGAACCCUCGAAGGUCUGAACUAUCAAUUCAGCAGGGAAGGCUAAAUUUUCAUAAAGAUAAGGAUUAUUGUGGCCUUUGGAGCAACUCUUCAAGCAGGGAAGCUUGGUUGCUUGGAAAAGGAAGGGAAGGUGGAGAGCACAUAAAAUCUCUUGAGAAGGAGAUGGAUCCAAACUGCUUAAGCUAUGAGAGAAUAUCAGAUGGAUGCUCUUCAAACUUUUCAGAAUCAAGCCCCGAGAAGCCCAAUUUGGAGUUCACCUUGGGUACACCACAGUGACACACAUACAUAUGUGUGUCUGUGUUUGUGUGUGUGUGUGUGUGUAUUUGUGUGUGCGCGCGCGCGCAUGUGUGUAUCUAUACUGGUGGGUAUUAUUACUCAUUUUGAAAUCAUUAAAAAUCUCUGGAGGGGGAGGGGAGGGGGGUGUUGCUGGUCAUGAAGAGAAUCAGUCACCCACUUGGAAAUCAGAGUUCAAAGAAAGGAAAGGAAAAGAAAAGGAAAGAAGGAAAAGGAAAAGAGAGCUAAAGAAAGACAAGGAAACAAGAAAGACAGAAAGCAACAAAAGGAAAAGGGUGAAAAAGCAUGUCCUUCCUAUCAAGCUGUGAGAUCCAUCUCAGUUUGUUAUAAUAUUAAUUAAUUGUUCCUGCUAAAUAUAUAUGAAAUCUAAUUGAUUUUGUA